GCCUGGAUUGGCCGAGGGCGAGCGCACCCGUCUCCACCCCGUCCGAGCCACAGGCGCUCGAGCUCGCAGUGUCUGAAGGCGGAUUAUCUGAUCGGUAGCUCUUUUGGACCACGCACGCGACGUCGAGAGACUUGAAGAAAACGCGCCUCUGCAAGUCGGGCAAUCGAAGUGUGUUCGUUCGGCAUCACUUCACCAGCACCAGCAGCGGAGGCAGCGGCAGCAGCAGAGGCAGCUGAAGGAAUUUCUGCAGCCAUGGCGGCCGCGACUAUGUCCGUGGCCUCGGUCUCCGCCUCCGUGGCCAAGGCCUCACAGGUCUCAGGAAAGGACUUCUCCGGUCUCAAGAGCACCAGCGUCGCCACAUUCGGCAAGAGGUCCGACGACCUGUUGACCCGAGUGGCUGCCCAGAGCGCCGUGGCCGUCAGCGGUGCCCAAAAGAGAGCCGUCGUCGAGGCUAAGGUGAAGGUUGCCAUCAACGGAUUUGGAAGAAUCGGACGCAACUUCAUCCGAUGCUGGCACGGAAGGAAGGACUCUCCCUUGGAGGUCGUCGUCAUCAACGACACCGGAGGUGUCAAGCAAGCCUCCCACUUGCUGAAGUACGAUUCCAUGCUCGGUAUCUUUGAUGCCGAUGUCAAGGCAGUCGGUGACGACGCCAUCUCCGUGGACGGCAAGAUCAUCAAGAUUGUCUCCGACAGGAACCCACUGAACCUUCCAUGGGGAGAGAUGGGUGUCGACCUCGUAAUUGAGGGUACCGGAGUAUUCGUCGACAAGGAAGGUGCUGGCAAGCACUUGCAGGCUGGAGCCAAGAAGGUGCUGAUCACCGCACCCGGAAAGGGCCCCAUCCCCACAUACGUCAUCGGAGUGAACGAGGAGCUGUACGACCCAUCUGAGCAGAUCAUCUCCAACGCCUCGUGCACCACCAACUGUCUCGCACCCUUCGUCAAGGUUCUCGACGAGAAGUUCGGAAUCAUCAAGGGUACCAUGACCACCACCCACUCUUACACCGGUGACCAAAGGCUGCUCGAUGCCUCCCACCGUGACUUGAGGAGAGCCCGUGCUGCUGCUCUGAACAUCGUGCCCACUUCCACUGGAGCAGCCAAGGCCGUGGCUUUGGUGCUGCCCAACUUAAAGGGCAAGCUCAACGGGAUUGCCCUCAGGGUACCCACCCCGAAUGUGUCAGUGGUCGACCUCGUCGUCCAAGUUGAGAAGAAGACCUUCGCUGAGGAAGUGAACGCCGCCUUCCGUGAAGCCGCCAACGGUGACAUGAAGGGAAUUUUGGCAGUGUGCGACGAGCCUUUGGUGUCCGUCGACUUCAGAUGCACUGACGUUUCAUCCACCGUCGACUCGUCGUUGACGAUGGUUAUGGGAGACGACAUGGUGAAGGUUGUCGCAUGGUACGACAACGAGUGGGGAUACUCGCAGAGGGUGGUCGAUUUGGCCAACCUCGUCGCUGAGAAGUGGACCGGAGCUUAAGAAGCCGACCCCUCUUGGGCUGUUCAAAUAGGUAGAGAUGAUGAGGAUGAUGAUAAUCCAUGUCUUAUAAAACACCGACCAUGCUGUAAUUCAUUCGCAUUUUUAAAGCGCCCGAUCCCACAUCCCCGUAGGUCUCGAAUGAGAUUUCUUUCCAGCGCAUUUUUUCGAGAAGAGUGGGUAUGGUUUUUAGUCAGUACCGUAUUUGACGAAGCUGCAGUUCCUUCUGGGGAGAGGAUGCGUGCACAAUCUGUAGAAUAUGUGCACUGGAACCUUAUUCCGCCGCUGUAAACAAGACUGUAUUGCCCUUUUGUUCAAAAUUUAAUCAAAUUCGUUUGAAAACCACUCAUA